CGUCCCCCCCCCCCGUCCCCGUCUCCGGCGGGCAGUCGGGCAGGGCGCGCGGCGAACAUGGCGGCGGCCAAGGCGGUGGGGCGGGACACUCUACCUGAGCACUGGUCCUAUGGCGUCUGCAGGGACGGCCGGGUCUUCUUUAUCGACGACUUGACCCGCGCAACUACUUGGCUGCAUCCUCGCACCGGGGAGCCCGUCAACUCAGGCCACAUGAUCCGCUCAGAUCUGCCCCGUGGCUGGGAGGAGGGAUUCUCGGAAGAGGGAGCCAGCUAUUUCAUUGACCACAACCACCAAACUACCACAUUUAAACAUCCAGUGACUGGCCAGUUUUCCCCAGAAAACGUGGAGUUCAUUUUACAAGAGGAGCAUAAUUCACAUAUGUCCAAACAUCAGGUAAACCAAAGACCUUCAAGUAUGGUCAGUGAAACAUCUACCGCUGUAACUACAUCCACUACAGAUAUAAAACUUGGAUCCAAGUUAGUAAAAUCUAGCAAUAAAGUUCAUAGCUUUGGGAAAAGGGAUCAAGCUAUAAGGAGAAACCCUAAUAUUCCUGUUGUGGUCAGAGGGUGGCUUCACAAACAAGAUAGCUCUGGAAUGAGAUUAUGGAAAAGAAGAUGGUUUGUGCUGGCAGAUUACUGUUUAUUUUAUUACAAAGAUAGCAGAGAAGAAUCUGUCCUUGGAAGUAUACCAUUACCUAGUUAUGUAAUUUCACCUGUGGGACCUGAAGAUCAUAUAAAUCGCAAAUAUUCCUUUAAGGCUGUCCAUACAGGCAUGAGGGCUUAUAUAUAUAAUAAGAGUUCUGUUAUUGGCUCUCAGGCAGAGCAUUCAGGGAUGCGCACAUACUACUUUAGUGCAGAUACUCAAGAAGAUAUGAAUGACUGGAUCCAUGCUAUGAAUCAAGCUGCUCUUAUGCAAAUCCAUUUUUCACCAAAGAGAGGAACAGAAAAAACAGAUCAGCAAGCUGUCCCUCAAACUAAUCAUAUUGAUGCCUACAAAGAAGCUACAAAGUUAGAACCUGCUGAUGCAAAAAGACGCUACAGAAAAUCACCCGAAAUGUCUGCAUAUGGCAAACAUGAAGAAAUGAAAAAAGUAAGAGAUGAUGAACACUACACUGCAAGGAAGAAGGCUGUGGAUUCCAAAUGGGAGAAACCUAAACAACUAUUAGAACCUGGUGGAACACCGAAUCCCGCAUCAAGUUUCUCUCGGCCUCAAGCAACUCAGACUCUUGAGAAGAAUGGAAUCCCUCCAAGUUCGUUAAAUGCAGGUCCAGUAGAGCAGAAUGGUAUCAAUGUCUAUAAAAGAGGCUUUAUUCCCAGAUCAACACAAAAUAAGGAGACACAAAGGAAAAGUAAUCUGACUCAUGUAGAACAUUGGGUAAAAGUCCAGAAAGGAGACACAAAAAGUCUUGCAUCUGACCAGACUCUUACUCGCCAAGUACCAAGCCAUUCUGUAUCCUUUCCUGAAAAUUAUCAUACUUUGCCAAAGAACACUAGGCAAUCUUCUGGAAGCUCCCCUCCCUCAAAUCGUGAUUUGCCAAGUGACUACAAAUAUGCUCAAGACCGGGUUAGCCACCUGAAGAUGUCCCAUGAUGAGAGAAAAGCUAACAAAGAUGGUACUGUUUGGCAGCUGUAUGAAUGGCAACAAAGAAGGCAGUUUAAACACGGGAGCCCAACUGCACCUCUUUAUAUUAGUUCUCCAGACUUUACAGAUAGUAGUAAAGGAAGAAGUUCAUUAGAAGUUCCACGUUCGGUUUCGGUUCCCCCUUCCCCAUCUGAAAUACCUCCACCAGGACCACCUAAAGUUUUUAUAUCACGAAGACCACAUACACCUGCAGAAAGGGUUACUGUCAAACCAUCUGAGGAGAGACAAACAAUAGACGUUCCUUUUGUCGGCUCACCAAGGAAGAUUCGAAACCAGACUGUAAAAAACUCUCUACACAUAGAUAGACGUUCCAUGCCUACAAUGGGAUAUAUGACCCAUACUGUAAGUGCUCCAAGUUUGCAUGGGAAAUCGGCUGACGAUACCUACAUCCAGCUGAAGAAAGACCUUGAAUAUUUGGAUCUGAAGAUGACGGGGCGUGAUACAAUCAAAGAACGACAUGCAAAACCCAUCAAAAUUGGAGAAAGCGAUAUUGAUGUAAAGCUGAGUGUCUUCUGUGAGCAAGACAGGAUUCUGCAGGAUCUAGAGGACAAAAUAAGAGCCCUUAAAGAAAAUAAAGAUCAGCUGGAAUCUGUCUUGGAAGUAUUACAUAGACAGAUGGAACAAUAUAAAGACCAACCACAGCACACAGAAAAAAUUACAUAUCAGCAGAAACUUUUGCAAGAAGAUCUCAUACGUAUUCGGGCUGAAAUAUCCAAAGUAUCUACAGAAAUGGAAAAUGCCUGGAAUGAAUAUCUGAAAUUGGAAAAAGAUGUGAACCAGCUGAAACAAAGUCUGCAAGAACAGAUGAAUAAAUCAUGUUUUUCUCAGGAGAAAACUCAAAUGCAAAAAGAUUUGUGGAGAAUUGAAGAUGUUACAGCUGGCCUAAGUACAAAUAAAUCCAACUAUAAAGUCAUCAUUGAAUCUAUCAAGAAUCCAGAAAGAAAAACAGUGCCUUCAUUUUCAAAACCUCUAGUGCCUUCAUCAUCAUCUACUCUCAUGUCAACAGACAGCAAACUUUCUACUCAGCAAAGUCCACCAACUAGUCCUAUCAAGCCCUCGUUGGAAGUCAGACUUUUUCCUCAGCCUUAUACACAGCCCAGAAUGUUUUCUCCCUCCCUACAAGUGAAAAAAGUUGAACCUCCAGUCCAGUCACCAGUGAAAUUAAAACCAAAGGUUGAAGAUGAAGCACCACCAAGACCUCCUCUCCCACAGCUGUAUAGCACUGAUGAUAACCCACCAGCUGUUCCACCUCUUCCUAAAGAAGCUACAGUAAUAAGGCACACAUCAGUGCGUGGUCUCAAACGUCAGUCUGAUGAAAGAAAACGAGACCGUGAACUUGGACAGUACAUAAAUGGAGAUUACAGGGUAGAACUCCGCUCAUAUGUGAGCGAACCUGAAUUGGUAACAAUAGGCGGUGAUCUGAGCCAACCUUCCAUUGGGUUUUGUGGUACUGACAACAGAUACCAAACAUUACCUACCAGAGGAUUAUCUGGUUCAACUUCUAGACUCCAUCAAUCAUCAACAGUUUCAUCAUAUUCAACGCUUCGAAGGGAUGCUUCCAAGGAGAGACCAAAGAGUGCCUUGGAACGUUUAUACUCUGGAGAUCCCCAAAGAGGAAAAAUGAGUGCUGAAGAACAAUUAGAAAGAAUGAAGCGACAUCAAAAGGCAAUAGUUCGUGAACGCAAAAGAACUCUUGGUCAAGGAGAAAGACAUUCGGUUUCAUCACGACCAUUCAUCCAGCCUGGUUCUGCAGACAUAGGCUCAUGGAAGCGGGAGCAAGAAUUUGACUUGCAGUUAUUGGAAAGAGCAAUGUGUACAGAACAAAAAAUGGGAGAUAAUUGGUUAAAAAUCGACCCUGUGGCAGUAACAGAGACAGAUCUAGAGCCCGAAGACUAUAAGUUGGAUAUUAGCAAAGAGUUGUCAAAGCCAGACAAGGUUGCAAUUCCAGAACGGUACAUUGAGAUGGAUCCUGAAGACCCCCUCACUCCUGAAGAAUUGGAAGCAAGACAUCGUAAGGCAGAAAAAAUUAGGCAUAUUCUUACCAGGUCAAGUGUGCACAACCUACAGCCUCCAAUUCAGGACAAAUACAUCUCUUCAAAUUUAGAUUCACAGCUACAUGAGCAGGAACGCAUCAUUACCAUAUCAUACGCACUGGCUUCUGAAGCCUCUCAGCGGAGCAAAGAGGUAGCAGCUCCGCAAUUGAUUUACCCAACUAAAGCACCCUCACCUUCUGUACCUCAGCCACUCCCUUUAAGCAAUGGAUUUCACUACACAUUUGUCUAAACACCUUGAAAGUAAGAACUAACUGCUCUUGCUGCCUAUAUUUGCCAUUAAUGAUAUGCUUUGCCGAUGUUGGAUCUCUCUGUAAAUGUAAUAAUAACUGCAUGCAAACUUUAGUGAUCUAAAGAAUCUUUGCUCCUUCAGUCAAGAAAAGUAAAAACUCUUACAAGGUAUUUGCAGAAAUUGUCAAGAACUGCUGUGAGGCUGCAAGUUGUGUUAACUUCCUUAUCACUAUGAUGUUAUUUUAGGUGAAAUGUGUACAGGUGAUUUUGUAAUAGCAACACCACAUAUUGAAAAUGGGAAUUGCCACAAACCGUGUGUUGGUGGAAACUGGAAAAUCCUAAAAUAUUAAAUAACAUUUGAACAAAUAUUAAAUAUGUAAAAUAAAUGUUACAUAAUAAAAUACAUACUAAUAUUGGUAGCAGAAAUAAAAAGAGCCUUCAUUUUCUUAUGCUAGGCCAUAAAUUGAAGAAUAGUUAUGGCAAUCAUUAUCACUGAAAUAAAUCCUGCCAUGCUUUUGGCGGCUUGCCCUGGCAAUAAACCAAGUUUGUAUAUAGUUUCAUAGACUUAUUUCUUUUCUUUAAAAUAUAUUGCCUUUUUUUGAAAAGAAAAUUAUGCUUAUUUUCUUUUCUAGGUCUUUUUUGAGCGCUGUAGUAGAAUUGAGUGAAUUGCACAUGUUUGGGAGAUUUCUUUUUUUGAUUAAGACCGGUUAACAAAACAAUGUUAUUUUGUUUCCUGGGUUUUCUGGGAAGUCUCUGUAAUAUAUCAAGUAUAUUAAAAAAUCAGAAGAAAGAGCACAAUAUGCUUUACCACUAUAUGUUGAUCUAAUCUUACUACCCCAUCAUAAGCCGUUCCUAUUCCCAGUCCAAAAUUACCUAUGUGCACUAUUAGCUAUUAACAGCAAUUGGGAAAUUUAUGCUCUUUAGUAAACUUGCUUCAUCAAUAUCUAAUUGCAUUGUGUUUUUCUUUAUGCUAGCCAAAGCAGUAACUGAACAGUGAUUCCUGGAAUGUGCCAGUAACAAUCGCCUAAUGAACAAAUGCAACCAGAAAGAAGGAAGAGGCACCCCCAGGCUAGCCUUCUCUCAUAAUUACUCUUAUUUGAACACCUUUUAUAAAUAAGUAUAGAGAACGUUUGUACAACAAAAAAGAAAACAACUUUGUAUAAGAAAAAAAAAAAACCAGAUAAAUUAACAGCAUUUUUAAUAUACUAUAUAAAACAGUGUUUCUCAACCUUGGUAACUUUAGGAAGAUGGACUUAAACUCCCAGAAUUCCCCAUCCCAUUCUGGUGGGGGAAUUCUGGGAGUUGAAGUUCACCCAUCGUAAAAUUGCCAAGAUUGAAAAACACUGAUAUAAAAUAUGUGCAAUGGCCAUAAUUCAAGCCUAUGCAGGUCCUGCUGAUCAGUUCAUUGAUUUUAAAGAUUUGAUGUGCUACACUAAAUUACAAUAUUUUUUUUAGAACAAAGUAUGUAUUAGAUUUGUUGUUGAAAAAGGGCUGCUUACGUUUAAAAGAUUGGAUGCAUGCUAUUGAAGAUGCAUCAUUAUAUUCUUUGGAUAUUUUGUGUUUAGAAAAGAAAAAAUUAAAAACCAUUAUCCCAUUAGAUAGAUAGAUGAUAGAUAGAUAGAUAGAUAGAUAGAUAGAUAGAUAGAUAGAUAGAUAGAUAGAUGAUAGAUAGAUAGAGUGGAUAAUGGUUUUAUGACAACAAUCAGGUGCAAUUUUAUUGAAGUAAUCAAUAUUUCAAUAAUUCCAGAUCUCAUACAAAUACAAAAACUAGAUAUAAAAUAUGCAAAAGAUGGACCACUUUGAAUAAAUUAUAUAGCCUAUUAUGAUUGAGAAUCAUUAUAGACUUCUGUCCUACAUGACAUCACUAAACUAGCAACACUGUCUACGUGUUGUAAAAAGAAAUCCAUUUUUUAUAUCAUCUUUGAGUUUAGGCAAUGAAAUAGACUCAAUUCAGUCCAGUCGUAUCCCAAUGUAAAUGCAAUUCUCAUGCAUUUUCUCCUCCAGCACUAAGAUACAUAUGCAUACAUUCACCACAUUUGUCACAAAGAGGGCAUAAGUUACGCACAAAAUCUAAUUUUUUUAAAUUAAAAAAAAGACUUGCCAUGGUACAUCUCUCUGCAUAUUCAGCAGGAAGUUGUUCAUUAUUGAUCCUCCUAGGAAGUGCUCCAUCCACAGCGGGCUCAGAUCACCGACUUUAAAUUGAAAUAUUUAAAAUAACUGAUACAAUUAUUAAUACAUCAUUUUACUCAAAUAUUUAUUUUCUUAAUUAUCUGUAUUUUCAAAAGCAGCACAAAUGAUUUAUUUAUAAACAACUAUUUAUAAUUUGCUAUGUUGAUUUAGCUCCUGGCCCAGACAAUUAAAAUCUAAAGUAUAUGAUUUCUCUUCUUGGGUCUUAGGCAAAAAAGCUAAUAAAAGCAGUUAAUGAUUGUUUUUUUAACAUGAAGGCUUGUGUGCUAUAUUAAAAAUGUGGGCUGACAGCCGUCCAAUAUUUUGUUCAUACUCCUGCAGAAGUGAGUUCAAUGUAUUACAGCUUUCUAUUACAUUACUCUCUUUUUAUAUCAAUUGUAUAAAAAAUAAUCCUAAUCAUCCAGAGUAAAGUAAAUAUGGAUUUAAGCCAAGGUGGGCUCACAUUUGGUUUGGACACUAGAUUGGCUUCUGGAAGACUCUUCAGACCUACACUAAAUGUCAGGGCAGUGACACACUCACACCUUCUCCCACAUAUAUCUCACACUUGGGAGGAGGGGAGAAUUUAAUCCUGCUCCCCAACUGUGAUCUGAGGUGCUCUGUCCCUGCCAGUAAUAUCAGCAGGCAAAGAGCAGCUUUACGAGGAUGACUAUGGGGAUAUGAAGAUGUUUUAAGCUCUUCCAUUCCUCCAUUGCAAUAAUUCUGGCAUAAGGAAGAUCCCAGAGGGAGACGGCAGAAACAAACAGCUGGCAAAUCCUGGAAUAUUUCCUUGCUGUUAACAGUACAAAUCGGGUCAAUUUUGGAAUGAAAAUUAAUUUCACCCCUACGUAGCAAUCCUGGUGAAGAUUGCACAAUAGGUCAUACAAGGAUUAUUUUUCUGUGGCUCAACACUGUCUGUGCGAUGGGAUGUGGAUGGAAAUUAGUGAAUUGGUGCAGAGAGAAAUAUGGCUGUUGACCACAAGAUUACAGGGUAGUUUUCUAGAAGCCACAGGGUGCCCAUGUGUAAUAGAAAUUGUUUCCUUAAAACUGGCUUGUAACAUUCCAACCCUACAUGUAAGCCUGAGACUAUUUUUAUUAGAAAAUCCCAGUAUAAAUUAUUGAGACAUUCAUACUGAUAGCUGUUAUAGAGGUGCACAUAAAAGAUGAAACCUGUAGUUUUCAGCUGGUUACUGCAUGGUUUAGUACAAUGCACAAACUUAAAGAUAAAGGAAUUUCCUAAAAUUUACUGUUAAAAACGCAUUGUGUAUGGAGAACUACAUGUUGUCUUUCAUUUGAUGUUUAUUCUUUGAACAGGCGCACACUACAUAGCAAACUAAUUUUGAGAGUUUGAGGUACUUUAAAAAUCUCUUUGUGAUGUUGCCUUGCAGCUACCGUUCAAUGAAGGAAUCUUUCAAGAUGAACGAAACCCUUUCUGUAUUACAGUCCAUACCUUUUAUGUAUUUACUUGUAGAAGUGAGUCCCAAUUAUUUGUUUCAGAUUAGAAUGGAAUUAUUAAAACAGAUGUGGAAAAUUCAAAUAUCCAAGAAUAAAUACUCAAAUACUAAUACUCAAUACUUUGAGAAGCACAUACAACUCCAUGUGAAGAACAGGCUAAUUUAAUUUAAACCAGGUCGGAACAAAGUAGCAUUAUCUUGUUUUACAUUUGUAAAAGUCAAUAAUUGUUUUCUGUGUUUAAACACCUAUCCCAAACAAUAACAUAGUUUUUCUUACAGCAAAAUUGACUCUGAAAAAAAAUCAUAAGAAUGAUUCUGUUAACUUUUCCCUUAGGCUUUUAUUAAUGAUUUUGUUGAAAUCUAACACUGCAUUGCUAUUUCUUUCCUUAAAGUUGGUCAACAAUAUGUAAUUGGACAUAUUUAUUCUAGCAACUAAAGAAUUGCAUAAAGAGAAACACUAGUUUUUGUUUUCCUUUCCAUCAUUAAGUUAACAGAUACAAUUUCUACCCGACUGUGUCUUUUAUCAAAUAGUAACUGGAUUGAAAAUUAUUUUUUGAACUUGUAUUCUAUUUUGGCUAUAUUUGGAAGCUAUUCUUGAUAAAUGUAUGUAGAAAAUACAAUCUAUUUUAAUUGAAUACUGCCAGUGUCAAGCAUGUAACAUUUUGUCAAAAUGAUAUUCUUUUAUUUUUUUUCUUUAUUAAAAUGUUGAAAUAUUUUGCAAGGAAUUUUUAAUUUAAAUGAAAUGUAACAAUUUGGAGACAAUAUAUAUGUACAUAUUAAACUAUUAACAUUAUA